AGUCCGCCCGCCCCGGGCAGGCUCAAGAUGGCGGCGCUGAGGGCAGCGGGAGCGGCUCUGCUGCGGCCCGGGCGAGGGGAGCUGCCGGCCAGGCUGGGCUACCACAAGAAGGUCGUGGAUCACUACGAGAACCCGCGCAACGUCGGCUCCUUGGAUCGCAACGCCAAGAACGUGGGCACCGGGCUGGUGGGUGCCCCGGCCUGCGGAGACGUCAUGAAGCUGCAGGUGGAAGUGGAUGAAAACGGGAGGAUCGUUGACGCCCGUUUCAAAACCUUCGGCUGCGGCUCGGCCAUUGCCUCCAGCUCUCUGGCUACCGAGUGGGUCAAAGGGAAAACGGUUGAUGAAGCACUGAAAAUCAAGAACACAGAUAUUGCUAAAGAGCUCUGCCUUCCUCCAGUCAAACUGCACUGCUCAAUGCUGGCUGAAGAUGCCAUCAAGGCUGCCUUGGCUGACUACAAGCUGAAGCAGGAUCCAAACAAAGAGGAGGCAUCAAAGCAAGCAAAGAGUGCCUGAAGGGACUGUUGUUGUCACCCCACUCUGCAGUGCAAUGAUUGUAGUUGUAGGAGCCCCCGUGCACUGCUCCCACUGAAGCUGUAAGAUACGCACAACGUCACUCACAGCCUCUCCCUGCUCCUCUCUCUGCUGCUCUCUGGGCCUUCCAGCAGCCAGGAUGGAUCCUGGCAGGACUGUGUUGGAGAGGUUAGGGCAAAGACUGCUUGACUGCAGAGAACUGAGUGGCUUCUCCCAGGAAUGAGAAUUCCCCCUUGUGUUGGUACUGGAAGGGCUGCACUUUUCCUGUCUGGGUUUGCCUGAUAUUUGGUGGGAUUGAGCAGGAAUCGUUGCCUUGGGUCUCUCUGUAAGAGCUGCAGCUCUGGCUCUGUAUCAGUGCAGUGUCCAAACACGGGGCAGCACCUCUGCCCACCAACUGCACCAGUCUCAGAGUCUCAUUUCCCAGUCUGGGAGUGGGGAGGCCCUGGGAGGCACUGGGAGCACAGAGCAGGAGGCACCCACCCACCCCUGGGCACCCUCUGCCUCUGUCCUGACAAACCAACACUUCUUUUUUCUUCUUUAAACCACCUCUUAGAGAAACAACCUUCCUUUUGGAAGGUCUUUUGUAAGAAGCCAGCCUCAGUUCUCUGUGAAAAGAGAAUUCUGGGGUUUGAAUUCAGGUGGGGAAUUGGGGGAGCUGAGGGGAAGCUCUGGGGGAGCUCUGCUGAUCUUCACCUACUUGAGGAUUCAAACGUGUGAGAAGUUCAGUGUUUCACCAAACUUCUCCUCUGCCUCCUGGUGGCUUCUCUGUUCCCAGGGAACAUUUCUAUAGAUUCCCCCCAAAAAAAAG